UCUCUACACACGCCAUUACUAUUCUAGAGAGAGAGAGAGAGAGUUGAGUCAACUGGGCAGUCCAGUGACGGAGUUGAAGGAAGUGUAAAUGAUGUCAAUCUCGUCAACCAAAUUUCCACCCCUAACCAGACGCAUAUGUUUUUCCAGCUUCCCCUUUAAUCACGUCUAGCUACUAUUCUGCUUCAAUGUAGUACAGUAUAUCAAUUCCGCAGUGAUUACCUCUCCACUUUCGUACAUAUGCACAGUUAUUUUUGGAAAAAUUUGGUUAUUGUGUUUAAUGGAUGAGCAACUGCACGAGAUCAAUCAGAGAGCCGGGGGCGAUGAUAUAUCAAAUUCAAGCAAUAAGGAGAGUAGGAUUUCCGGUGAAAUUGCCGCAAAGUCGAAAAUGGGUGUAAUCGACGUGACAUGCGAUGAGUUUUUGGUGGAAAAUCAGAGAGUGUGUAGGAUAUGCCAUUUGAAUGGCAAGGAGAGUGGGGAGAAUUCGGUGGAGUUGAUCGAGCUUGGCUGUGGAUGCAAAGGGGAGCUCGGAGUUGCUCAUUUAUGCUGCGCUGAGGCGUGGUUUAGAGUGAGAGGAUAUAGAAUGUGUGAGAUAUGCAGUGAGACUGCAAAGAACAUCACGGGGGUGGGAGAUAUCCGGUUCAUGGAGGAAUGGAGGGAGUCUCAAAGCCCCACAGGAGGGAGCAGAAGGUGGUUGAGCGGGCAGCUCUUGUGUAGCUUCUUGAUGGCCUUUCUGGUAAUAGCGUUCGUUCUCCCAUGGUUUUUCCGCGUAAAUAUCUUGUGAGGACACCAAACUGAACUUGGUUCAUCCUCAAUUUUUUUGAGUUAUAGCCAUUAUCCCACACUCUGCUAUGCAAGUUUAGUUCUUUGGCAUGGUUUGCAUAGUUUUCUUGUCGUAGAUGGUGAAGUUGAUUUGGUUACUUGCUAGUAUUGUCAAGAAAUGAGUUUUCAUCGUGUAACACAUAUAUCGAUUGUUCCUCACUAGAGACGCAGAUGACUCUCUUUUGCUUAACUAAGCACU